ACGGCACACCCCUCCUCUUGCCAUUCCCAUUCCGCCCCUCGCUCGCCUCUUCCCCCUCCCCGACCCUCGGCCGGCUUCUCCCUCUCGCGGUCUCGGCACGCAGGCCUCGCUGCACCAUCCCCCCCAACAAUGAGCAACUCCUUCGCGCGAUCUCAGCUGGAGAAGUACGGCUGGACACAGGGCAAGGGUCUCGGGCGCGCUGGGCGCGGCCGGACCGAGGCCAUCAAAGCCAACAUCAAGCAAAACACUCACGGUAUUGGCCACCGGAACCAGCAGUUCGACUUCAAUCACUUUGACAGCGUGUACAAUCGGGCGUCGAGCAAUCUCCAGAUCAUUGGCGCCACGUCGCUGGCCGGGUCUUCCUCCGACUCGGACAGUGACAGUGACAGCGAUGCGCCCGCCGCGCGGAGUGCUCUCACGCAAUCGGAGACCACCACGACCUCCGAGCGGGUGAUCUCCUUCUCGCGGAAGGAUAGCAACCUCUCGCGCCGGGAGCUGACCUCCAUCAUGACGGAGCGCAUGCUGUUUACUUCUUCGGGCACCCUGGGCGGGGGGCUUGGCUUCACCGGCGAUUCGUCGGAUUCGGACGCGGACGCGGACGCGGGCCGCGCGCCGGGGCUCGGAGCCUCGGCUUCGGUUGCCCCUGCCCCCAGCACCUUCAUGGGCUUCGUCAGUAGCGGCCUCCAGAAUACCGAGCGGCUGGCAACCACCUCGAGCGACUCCGACUCCAGCGAUGGCGAUGACACCGACGUUGAGAAUGCGCUCGAGCAUUCGCGGGCGAAGGAGAACUCCCUGCUCGACGCCUGUGGGGGGAUUCGCAUCGGCCACCGUGGCUCCUUCAAGCAGGAGGGCAAGGAAGCGCGCCUGGCUCGGCAGGAGGCCGAGUAUCUCCGGUCGAUUGGCCUCCUGCCGCCGGAGGUGCCGGAGGCGUCGACCGAGGACACCUCCAAGCGCAAGCGCUCGGACACCGAUGACGCGCCGCCGGCCAAGCUCCGCAAGAAGGAUGCUGCCAGCAAGAAGGAGGCCAUCCAGGCGGCCACCAAGGCUGCCGAGAAGGCCGCCAAGAAGGCCGCCAAGAAGGCCGCCAAGAAGGCCGCUAAAAAGGCCGCCAAGAAGGAGCUCAAGAAGGCCGCCAAGAAGGCCGCCAAGAAGGACAAGGAGGCAGGGAAGGAGGGCAAGACCGUUGGCAGCUCCGCCUCCUCGCCAUCUGAAGACCUCCAGCGGAAGCUUGAGCGGAAGAUCCAGAAAGCCGCGCGGAAGAAGACGGCCUCCGACGCGGCCUGA